GAAGGAAUCAGAAUCACACCUAACGUGCUGACUGAUUCGAAGUCGCAUAUCAGCUAAUGACAUUCUAAAUACAAUUGACCGGGUAGUGUUUUGAAAUUUAGUUCACGAACAUGGCGAUGGGAAAGAGUUAUAAAAUUUGGCACAAAAUAAAUGGACAGGGACCGUACAGUGUUUUACUCGAACAACGAAACCGAGACGAAGCCCUCCUCUUUGAAUCUCUAGUUAUUGCUGGACUGGGUCCUGCUGAGGUUGACGUAGUAAAAAAGUUGUAUACAAAACUUUCUGAUGCAUAUGGAUGUCUUGGUGUACUACUAGUAAAUACAGGAGAAGGGCCCUUACAAUAUCUAGUCAUGGUUACAGGUUGUGUUUCUGUUGGAAAAAUGGGGGAAUCAGAAGUGUUUCGAAUCAAUCAAACAAGCUUUAUACCCUUAAAAGGACCACAGACAUUAGAAGAAGAAAGGGUAACUGAGCUUCGGAAGCUGUUUAACUCUGGAACAUUCUAUUUCCUCUGGUCAUCUGGUGAAGACCCAAUUGAUGCUACAUUAUGCACCCAAAAGCUCCAGCAGAAUUGUGGAACAGACAAUAGAUUCUUCUGGAAUAGGCUUUUACACCUACCGUUGCAACAUUAUGGAAUUGACUGUUCCCACUGGUUGUUGCGAAUUACGUGCGGAAGUGUUGAAAUUCGAACCGUUUAUGCAGGCCAUCGUCAGUUCAAAGCAGCUAUCCUUUCACGGCUUAGCUGCGAGCGAGCUGGGACACGUUUUAAUGUACGAGGUGUCAAUGACGAAGGCCAUGUAGCCAAUUUCGUCGAAACGGAGCAGCUCAUCUAUGGUGACCAAGGCGACGUUUCGUCUUUCCUACAAACUCGCGGUUCAGUCCCUCUCUUUUGGGAACAACCAGGCGUUCAAGUGGGCUCGCAUAAAGUCAGGUUUUCUCGUGGCCCCGAAGCUUCUGCGCCUGCCUUAGAACGCCACUUACAGCUAAUGCAACAGCGAUAUCAUGACACGGCUAUCGUAAACCUACUCGGUCUCAAUAUGGUUGGUGCCAAAGAAGGCGAAGCCUCUCUUAGUCAACUUUUCCAGUCCGACCAGAAACGUUAUUGUGAAACAAUGCCUCAUAUCAUGUUCGAUUAUCAUCAAGAGUGUAAGGGCGGCAAUCUCCAGAACCUCGCCAAGUUGAAACAAAGUCUCCAGCCUAUAUUUGAGCGCCAUUCGUUCUUCUUACUCAAGAAUCAGCAAGUUGUAUCUCAACAAAAAGGAGUUAUCCGAACCAACUGCCUCGACUGUCUCGACCGAACAAACUGUGUCCAGACAUUCAUCGGCCUAGAGAUCUUAGCGCUUCAAUUGGAUGCGCUAGAACCCCAAACGAAACCUCAGACCUGGACAAGGUUCGAGGAAGUUUUCCGGGCAAUGUGGGUGAACAAUGGAAACGAAAUCAGUAAAAUCUACGCUGGAACCGGAGCUAUCCAAGGUGGAUCGAAGAUUAUGGAUGGAGCGCGCUCAGCAGCCCGUACGAUCCAAAAUAACUUACUGGACAGCAGCAAGCAGGAAGCAUUCGAUCUAUUGAUUCAUGGAGGUACGGGAAAUGAAUUCAUCUUCGACCUGGCUCGCAGCCUUUUACCACCACAUUGGAGUGUUUUGCCUGCUGAUAUAUUGCAUGGUUUGUGUUCGCGUUAUGCGGAAUUCACACAACCGUUACCCAUUCGUGUUGCCGUUGGGACGUACAACGUCAAUGGUGGUCACCAUUUCCGUAGUGUUGUUUACAAGGACUCAACUUUGGCCGACUGGUUGCUUGACAGUCCACAUCAGGACUCUGCUGCUGCCAGGUCAUUGGUAUGUCUCAGCGAGGAAGAAGGUUGGCGGUCAGCGGACAUCUACGCUGUAGGUUUUGAAGAAAUCGUGGACUUGAACGCUUCAAAUAUCAUGGCAGCUAGCAGUGAAAACGCCAAAGCCUGGGCAACUGAGCUACAAAAGGUGCUUUCUCGGGAUCGACCAUUCGCUUUACUCACUUACGUUCAGCUAGUAGGCGUAUGUCUUUACGUUUUCAUACGACCCGAAUUAGCUCCGUACGUGCGUGAUGUGGCCACUGAUUCGGUCAAGACGGGCCUGGGUGGUGCUACGGGAAACAAGGGUGGUGUGGCUGUUCGCUUUGUCCUGCGCAACACAUCGUUGUGUUUCGUCUGCAGUCACUUUGCUGCUGGUCAGUCUCAGUGGGCUGAGCGCAAUGCUGACUAUACGGAAAUCACCCGACGUAUCUGUUUUCCUCACGGAAGGAAAGUGGAACAACAUGAUUUCGUCUUCUGGUGUGGCGAUUUCAACUACCGCAUUGACCUUGACCGAGAUGAGGUUAAAGAAUACGUCAGUUUACGGGAAUGGUCUUCGCUUCUGCAGUAUGACCAACUUAAAAUUCAACAAGCGCAAGGCAAUACAUUCGUAAAUUACGUUGAAGGUGAAAUCAGCUUUCCGCCAACGUACAAAUACGAUCUUUUCUCCGACGAUUAUGACACGAGCGAGAAAUGCCGAGCCCCGGCCUGGACAGAUCGUGUACUGUUCCGCAAACGACGUGAUCAUGGUCAAAACCCAGGACGAAUUGCCUAUUACGGUCGUGCGGAAUUAAAACAGAGUGAUCAUAGGCCUGUGAUGGCCUUCAUAGACAUAGAAAUUCUUGCUACACGCAUAGAAAAAACGCGGUCGGUCUUGGAAGACGUGGUUGGGAGGCUUGGGCCAUCGGAUGCCACUGUUGUAGUUCAACUUCUAGGCGACUUGGAACGCGAUGAUGAUCAAACGAGCUGGGCUGAUGAUGAAAUGAUUUUGACUUCAAUGCUUAGCCGAGUCAACCAGGCAGCAGGCGAUGUUUUGUUAAUUCGUUUUGCCCAUGAAGGUCUCCUCUUGACCUUUCGCAACGGAACAGCGGCUCUUGCCGCUGUGGCGCUUUCACCUAUACAGGUGAACCAUCUUCGCCUAGGCAUCAAACUAAAAACCACUGAUUGGCCAGCAGCUGUCGCAAGAGACUUCCUUUUAGCAGCUGCUAACACUGUACCUCUGUUCACACCUGAAGGUUCUGUAAUACCAUUAGAAAAUCGUACAGUUGAUGAAGAUAUUCGCGUGUUGGCACAAUUGGCCAACCAAAUUCAAACAAACGAUGGCCUAUUCAAACCAGCUCCAAGCAUACAAACAGGAUCCUCACGAUCUCCGAUGAUGCCACGUCCGCCACCACCGAACAGUUUAGCUCUACAACAACAGCAACAAGCCAAAGAGUGGAACGCCGCCAACAGCGCCCCACCGCCAGUUGAGCCUCCGCCACCAGCCCCGCCCAUUCAAGCUCCCCCACAAGUGUCGCGGCCUCUCCCUCCUGUGCCGGCACGGAAUGCAUCUCAAACUUCUCUUCCGCCGCCAGGUCCUCCUGCCGUGCAAAUGCGACAAGCGCUGCCUCCCAACGGAGUUGUAACUGCCCCGCAAACCCAGCCAGCCGUCAACAUAAUGAGGGCUCCUCCGCCGAUCCCGGCCAGGAAUCUUCCACCCGUUCCACCUCGCACGAUUAAGUAACUGGGCCAUCACUUUACUGCAUGCGGUCUUAGUGAGGUUGAAGAUAUACAUUCCUGUACACCGCUCACGCAAUGGUAAUAACUCCUUUGUGCAUGGCACUUUUUCGUUUGCUUUAGUCUACGUGCUCUGUUGUUCUUUUCAAUGUGUUUGUUUAUAGAAGUGAUCAUAAUACUCCCACCUCAGUUAAAGUUCCAUGUUUAAUCAUAAUAAUUUAUAUUUGUCAGCAGAAACUGUUAUGCUACACCCCCAGGUGUUGUAUACUUUGUCCUGUGUUUAGAUCAACUUAAACGAACGUACGAGCCGGUUGUGUACCCAUGUCGAAUUCUCGGUUAUGUAUUGAUUACCUAGUCAUUAUGGAUUUAAUCCUUGGAUUCCAAAAUCCAAUUAAAGAAUACAUCCGUUGUCGCUGUUUAA